UACUCUGUGAAAAUACGUACAAGCAAGGUUAAUGAUGAGAGAGAGAAACAAACCAGUGAAGAGAAGUAUUUGAGAAGCCUUGCUGUGAAGUCUAAGCCACAAUCUUUUUCUAACUUUGAUACAUUUCUGAUUUUAGAGAAGAAACCAUAUAUAUAAAAAAAAAUACUGAAAAAUAAAGGGUUUUUAAUAUUUAUAUCUUCUCCGCAUUCUCAACUCAAACAAAAUACCAGAAAAGGCCAGAUGAAGAACAUGUACGCAUGAUAAUCUAAUGGCUGAAUCUGAUUCAGAGUCCGAAUCCCUAUCAGAUGUGUUGAGCCUGAGGCAUAUAAGCAGCUCACUUUUCAAUAUCCCUGGUUUCUUUGUAGGGUUUGGAAGUAAAGGUUCAUCCGAGUCUGAUUCAAUCAGGAGUCCUACUUCUCCUCUUGAUAUUGGAGUAUUUUCAAACUUAAGGAAUCCUGCAAGUCUUCGAUAUAAUCGAUCAUCAUCUGAAAAUGGACAUAAAAAGGAGUGGAAUUGCAGUAAAGUAGUGGGCCUUGGCAUUGUCAAUUCACUUGUUGAUAAUACAACAGGUGGAGGUCUUGAUAUACCAAAGCAGAAGAACAUACUUUUUGGACUCCAAGUUAAGACUAAUACCACUAAUUCCUUAAAACUUUACCAUGAUUCUUCGUUGAAAUCCAAAUCAUUGCCUACAAACUAUAUAGCCUCACGGCUUUCCCAAAUCAAGUGUCUCAGUCCCCAUUUGGUUAGCAGCAGUGUUGCCUUUGGUAGAGAAAUUCCAUUAGAAUCUGAAUCAUUAGACAAUACUCAACUAUGUUUCUCAGAUUCAACUGUUCCUUCUUCACUAGUCAGCCUGACCUAUAAUCACAACUUGAGGUCUGAAAACUUCUGUCCAGAAGUUAAAACUAGAAUGAGUUCACCAUCAGUAAUUGGCACAACAAGUUCGGAAGUAAAAAAUUCUUUGGAUAUGAAAACAAGUACUCUUCCAAUACCUAUCGAGCCCAGCCAGGGAUUUGUGGGCUCUCUUUCUGCAAAGGAGAUAGAAUUGUCUGAAGACUAUACUUGUAUAAUUUCCCAUGGUCCAAAUCCCAAAACAAUUCAUAUCUUUGGUGACUGUGUUUUAGAAUGUCACACAAACGAGUCAAACAAUUUUGGUAAGAGGGAAGAAUUAGGAGUCGUAUCACCUCAAGCAGCCAAUAACUCGGAGGGAUUAGCCCCUAUUACUUCUGAUGAAGCUUUGAAAUUUUGUCACUCCUGCAAGAGAAGGCUGGAAACUGAUGAAGACAUCUACUUGGACAGAGGUGAGCAAGCCUUUUGCAGUUUGGAUUGCUGCCCCGAGGAGAUCUUGGAAGAGGAAACAGGGAGAAGUUACCAAAAUUCUGCAGGAAGCUCUCCUGGUUCAAGCUUCCAUGAAGAUGUCUUCUUGUUGGGCAUGCCCGUUGCUAUGUGAUGGAUCAUCGAAAAUGCAUUUUCCAGGUCUCAAGAUCGUCCGUUGAUAAGAAGUGCUGUCUGUGUGAUUUUGUUAGCAGCCAUGGAUGAUCAGAAAGCAUUUUAUAUUUUUUGUUUUUGCUUGUUAUGUCUCAGUUUUCAAAUUUUUAUGAUACUGGUAAGUUAUGAGUAGUUGCAGUAGUAGGAUAGAGUAUCUUUGUAUGGUUGAGACUCGGACCAUUUUGCUAUCUUAUAAUUUUGUUGAGAUGGGUUGCAAGUGGCUAUAGAAGCCCUGGCUCUUCGGUUUUUUGUUCCUUUUUUCCUGGCCUUGUACUUGGGUUAGGAGUUGAAGUAGAAGUUUUUGAACCUGAUGAGCUUAUUAUCGAAUGCAUGAGCAUAUUCAAUAACAACUGUCCUGCAAUAUAUUCUUAAA